GUCCCGUCCCGUUCCGUUCCGGUCCGCUGCCCCGCCCCGUCCCGCUCCGUUCCGCUGCCCAGCCCCGCCGUACUCACUAGGUAGUAGCGGCCGCGGACGCCAUGGGGACCGCCUCGUCGCUCGUGAGCCCUGCGGGCGGGGAGGUGAUCGAGGACACGUACGGGGCGGGCGGCGGCGAGGCCUGCGAAAUCCCGGUGGAGGUGAAGCCCAAGGCCCGCCUGCUCCGCAACUCGUUCCGCCGAGGCGCGGGGGCGGCGGCGGGGGCCGGGCCCGGGUCGCUGCCCCGCGGGGCAGGCGCGGGCGGGCUGCUGGGGGCCAGCUUCAAGUCCACCGGCUCGUCGGUGCCAGAGCUGGAGUACGCGGCGGCCGAGUACGAGCGGCUCAAGAAGGAGUACGAGAUCUUCCGCGUCAGCAAGAACCAGGAGUUGUUGUCCAUGGGUCGCCGCGAGGCCAAGCUGGACACGGAGAACAAGCGGCUGCGGGCCGAACUGCAGGCACUUCAAAAAACGUAUCAGAAGAUACUUCGAGAAAAAGAAAGUGCUUUAGAAGCAAAAUACCAAGCAAUGGAGAGAGCAGCAACAUUUGAACAUGACAGAGAUAAAGUUAAAAGGCAAUUCAAGAUUUUUAGGGAGACCAAAGAAAACGAAAUUCAGGACUUACUGAGGGCCAAGAGGGAGUUGGAGAGCAAACUUCAGAGGCUACAGGCUCAGGGUAUCCAAGUAUUUGAUCCUGGGGAGUCUGAUUCAGAUGACAACUGUACAGAUGUCACUGCUGCUGGAGCCCAAUGUGAAUAUUGGACUGGCGGAGCCUUGGGAAGUGAACCUUCCAUAGGAAGCAUGAUCCAGCUUCAGCAGUCCUUCAGAGGCCCUGAGUUUGCCCAUAGUUCUAUAGACGUGGAAGGACCCUUUGCAAAUGUUAACAGAGAUGAUUGGGAUAUUGCUGUAGCUAGUUUAUUACAAGUUACUCCUCUGUUUUCACAUUCUCUGUGGAGUAACACUGUCAGAUGUUACCUCAUUUAUACAGAUGAAACCCAGCCUGAGAUGGAUCUUUUCCUUAAGGACUAUUCACCUAAACUUAAGAGAAUGUGCGAGACAAUGGGAUAUUUUUUCCAUGCUGUUUAUUUUCCAAUAGAUGUUGAAAAUCAAUACCUCACUGUAAGAAAAUGGGAAAUUGAGAAAAGUUCUUUAGUUAUUUUAUUUAUUCACUUAACAUUACCAAGCCUUUUAUUGGAAGACUGUGAAGAAGCUUUUCUGAAAAACCCUGAAGGAAAACCUCGAUUAAUCUUUCAUCGUUUGGAAGAUGGAAAAGUCAGUUCUGACUCUGUCCAGCAAUUGAUUGAUCAAGUUUCUAAUCUAAACAAGACCAACAAAGCCAAGAUCAUUGAUCACUCAGGAGAUCCUGCAGAAGGAGUAUAUAAAACUUAUAUUUGUGUAGAAAAGAUUAUUAAACAGGACAUACUGGGUUUUGAGAACACAGACCUGGAGACUAAGGAUUUGGGCAGUGAGGAUUCCAUUCCAGAAGAAGAUGAUUUUGGUGAUGUUCUGUGGGACAUACAUGAUGAACAAGAGCAAAUGGAAACUUUUCAGCAGGCUUCUAAUUCAGCCCAUGAGUUGGGAUUUGAGAAAUAUUACCAACGCCUUAAUGAUCUAGUGGCAGCACCAGCCCCAAUUCCACCUCUUCUGGUGUCUGGAGGACCAGGUUCUGGGAAGUCUCUUCUUUUAUCAAAGUGGAUUCAAUUACAACAGAAGAAUUCCCCCAACACACUGAUUCUUUCCCAUUUUGUGGGAAGGCCCAUGUCAACCAGCUCAGAGUCCUCCUUGAUUAUUAAACGACUAACUCUAAAGUUGAUGCAGCACUCUUGGUCAGUCUCUGCUCUGACACUGGAUCCUGCUAAGCUUCUGGAAGAAUUUCCACGUUGGCUGGAAAAACUCUCUGCUCGUCAUCAAGGCAGCAUCAUCAUCGUUAUUGAUUCUAUAGAUCAAGUUCAGCAAGUUGAAAAACACAUGAAAUGGCUGAUAGAUCCACUGCCAGUGAAUGUAAGAGUAAUUGUUUCUGUGAAUGUAGAAACAUGCCCUCCAGCAUGGAGGUUGUGGCCUACACUUCAUCUUGAUCCCUUAAGUCCAAAAGAUGCAAAAUCUAUUAUAAUUGCAGAAUGCCACUCUGUAGACAUUAAAUUGAGUAAAGAGCAGGAGAAGAAGCUAGAACGACACUGUCGUUCUGCUACAACCUGCAAUGCCCUUUAUGUCACCCUUUUCGGCCAAAUGAUCGCGCGUGCUGGGAGAGCAGGCAAUUUAGAUAAAAUCCUUCAUCAGUGUUUCCAGUGUCAAGAUACUGUUUCAUUAUAUAGACUUGUUCUGCACUCUAUCCAGGAGUCCAUGGCAAAUGAUGUGGAUAAAGAACUAAUGAAGCAGAUUCUCUGCCUUGUCAAUGUUAGUCACAAUGGUGUGAGUGAAUCAGAACUGAUGGAACUCUAUCCUGAGAUGUCCUGGACUUUCUUGACCUCCCUUAUUCACAGUUUAUACAAAAUGUGUUUGUUAACUUAUGGUUGUGGCUUGCUUAGGUUUCAACAUCUGCAGGCUUGGGAAACAGUGAGACUGGAGUAUCUGGAAGGCCCCACCAUUACUGCUUCCUACAGGCAAAAGCUAAUCAACUAUUUCACCUUGCAGCUAAGUCAGGACAGAGUGACUUGGAGAAGUGCAGAUGAACUCCCGUGGCUUUUUCAGCAGCAGGGAAAUAAACAGAAGCUGCAUGAUUGCCUUCUUAAUCUCUUUGUGUCUCAAAACCUUUAUAAAAGGGGACACUUUGCUGAGUUGCUGAGUUAUUGGCAGUUUGUUGGCAAAGACAAAAGUGCAAUGGCAACAGAAUACUUUGAUUCAUUGAAGCAGUAUGAGAAAAACUGUGAAGGCGAGGAGAAUAUGAGUUGCUUAGCUGAUCUUUAUGAAACCUUGGGGCGAUUUCUCAAGGAUCUAGGCCUUCUCAGUCAGGCUGUAGUACCUUUGCAGAGGUCUUUAGAGAUUCGAGAAACAGCUUUAGAUCCCGAUCACCCAAGAGUAGCCCAGUCCCUCCACCAACUAGCAAGUGUAUACGUGCAGUGGAAGAAGUUUGGCAAUGCAGAACAACUGUAUAAACAGGCGUUGGAAAUCUCAGAAAAUGCUUAUGGUGUGGACCAUCCAUAUACUGCUCGUGAACUUGAGGCACUUGCAACUUUGUACCAGAAACAAAAUAAAUAUGAACAAGCUGAACAUUUUAGGAAAAAAUCCUUUAAAAUUCAUCAGAAAGCUAUAAAGAAAAAAGGCAACUUGUAUGGAUUUGCCCUUUUACGUAGACGGGCUCUACAGUUAGAAGAGCUUACAUUAGGUAAGGACACACCUGAUAAUGCUCGGACCCUCAAUGAACUGGGUGUUCUCUACUAUCUUCAAAAUAACCUGGAACGGAGUCUCGCUCUGUUGCCCAGGCUGGAGUGCAGUGGUGUGAUCUCGGCUCAUUGCAACCUCCACCUCCCAUUCAAGCUAUUCUCCUGCCUCAGCUUCCUGAGUAGCUGGGACUACAGAACAGCUGACCAGUUUCUGAAGCGUUCCUUAGAAAUGAGGGAGCGAGUUCUAGGACCAGAUCACCCUGACUGUGCUCAGUCUUUGAAUAAUCUGGCAGCUCUGUGCAAUGAAAAGAAACAGUAUGAUAAAGCAGAAGAACUUUAUGAAAGAGCUUUAGAUAUUCGGAGACGUGCAUUAGCUCCUGAUCACCCUUCUUUGGCAUAUACGGUGAAGCAUCUUGCCAUCUUGUAUAAGAAAAUGGGGAAACUUGACAAAGCUGUACCUUUGUAUGAAUUGGCUGUUGAAAUUCGACAGAAAUCUUUUGGCCCAAAGCACCCUAGUGUAGCUACUGCCUUGGUGAACUUAGCUGUUCUUUAUAGCCAAAUGAAAAAACACGUUGAAGCUUUGCCAUUAUAUGAAAGAGCAUUAAAGAUUUAUGAAGAUAGCCUGGGUCGGAUGCAUCCUCGAGUUGGAGAAACACUGAAAAAUUUAGCUGUGCUUAGCUAUGAAGGAGGAGAUUUUGAAAAAGCUGCUGAAUUAUACAAAAGGGCAAUGGAAAUAAAAGAAGCAGAAACAUCACUCUUGGGUGGAAAAGCUCCUUCACGCCAUUCAUCAAGUGGAGACACGUUUAGCUUAAAAACAGCUCAUUCUCCUAAUGUUUUCCUUCAGCAAGGACAAAGGUAAUAGCAGUUAGAAUUCUUUGCAAAUGUACCCUCAGACAAAAUAAUUAAACAUUUGGAACAUUUGAAUUUGAAACUUUAAAAAAAUGUUGUAAGAAAUUUUACUAUGUGUGAUUUCACUGCUAUUUGUAUGAAGUUGUAUUGGACUACAUUAAGUUGGAAUUGUGAUUAUGUCUGUUUUAAUUGUUUAAAAUAAUUUUCCUAUUAUAUGGUAUCCAAGGAUGUAGACACAUUAGAAUUAUAAGAUGACAUGAGGAGCAAAUCAUGAAGAGCAGACUGGUCUUUGUUCAACAAGACCUGGCAGAGUAGUUAAGACAAGGAGUUCAAAAACUCCAUGAAUCUUGGCCAGGCAUGGUGGCUCAUGCCUGUAAUCCCAGCACUUUGGGAGGGUGAGGCAGGAGGAUCACUUGAGGUGAGGAAUUCGAGACCAGCCUGGCCAACAUGGUGAAACCCUGUCUCUACUAAAAAUACAAAAAAAAAAUUAGCUGGACAUGGUGGCGCAUGCCUGUAAUCCUAGCUACUCAGGAGGCUGAGGCAUGAGAAUCGCUUGAACUCAGCAAGUGGAGGUUGCUAUGAGCUGAGAUUGUGCCAGUUCAUUCCAUCCUGGGCAACUGGGUGAGACUCUGUCUCAAAAAAAAAAAAAAAAAAAAAAAAAAGAAUUCCAUGAUUCUUUUGAGCUCUCAAGAGCUACUUUAGCCUCGCCAUUCCUCUUGCUUUUGAGCAGUAGUCUGGCCCAAUUCUCUACCUCAAAGGAAAGUUUCAAGGAUUAAAGGGUUAAUGUUUAUGAAAGAUUCAAAUUGUCUUCAGUGAAACACAUUAGUCACAAGAAUCCCUGAUUGCUGCACUUUAAAAAAUUCUUUACCUUUUCCUUGAGCAGAUUGGUCCAGUCCCUCUACUUUCUGUUCUGUCUACAUUGUGUAUUAUUUAUUACUAUAUAGUAUAUGUAUCUGCAUAAUGUCUGAAGUCAUUAAUGCAGUGACAGGUCAAGCUCUUUAGCAUUCUUUGACUUUUCCCAAAAGAUAGAUAUGACAUUCUUCUUUAUCUUCCUUCUUAGAUGGCCUAAAUCUGUCUCUUCAUUUACCUCAAACUCAAGUCAGUAUGCCAUUUUUAUACUGAAAAUUAAAUAUUUUUAUGGAUUUUAUAAAUAUUGCAACAUUUUGGAUAUUGUUUUGGACCAUUUGUGUAUAUAUAUAUAAUAAAAUCAUCAAUUUAAUACUUGUAAGAUCCUAACAUGUAUUAAUUGUAAAAGUGAAAUAUGUAAUAGCCACACUUCACUGUUUUAAAAUAAAAGUGCAAUUUCAAGUU